CGCGCCGUACGGGGAAAAAGAAACGUGGGGAAGGGAAGAAGAGAGAGCGAGGUAAAGAGGAGAGUCCCCCCCCCCCCCACGUGAAUCGGUGUGAACAUGGCGUCGAUUCAAGAACCAGAGGUCCAGUUCGCACAGAGAUUAGCUUCCAACGAGAAGCCCAUUCGGACCAAGGCUAUAAAGAAACUGAGGAAAUACAUAAACGUCAGGUCGCACAACCCAACAGGUGGAUUCACAGGUGAUGAGCUGCUCAAGCUAUGGAAGGGUCUGUUCUACUGCCUGUGGAUGCAGGACAAACCACUGCUCCAGGAGGAGCUGUCAAACCAAAUCUCCACCCUGAUCCACAGCUUCUGCGAUAUUAACGGACAGUUGUUAUACCUGGAGAGCUUCCUGCAGACCUUCAAAAGAGAGUGGACUGGUAUCGACAGGCUGCGGAUGGACAAGUUCUUCCAGCUGGUGCGCUUCAUGUUCAGACAGACCUUUGAGAUGCUGAAGAGGAAAAACUGGGAGAGCAGUGCGGUUGGCAGGUUUGUGGAGCUGCUGACGGCACAGCUCCUGCAGAGCAGCAGCGGGGCCCCCAGCGGGCUGCAGUUCCACAUCCUGGACCUUUACAUGACUGAACUGGCAGCUGUGGGUUCAGCAGAGCUCACUGCAGAUCAGAACCUGAUAUUCAUCCAGCCGUUCUGCAAAACAGCAGCCAAGACCAAGGAUCGGUCUCUUUUCAGCGCCAUCUGCAACAGCAUCUUCAGCACCAUUAUCGACCAGGCUCCCUUCGCUAUUGAAGAUUUAAUGAAGGAGGUGAAAGCUGAGGCCUCAGACUCCGACUCGGGACAGGCUUCUGAAGAGGACGACAAAGAAGACCAGCUGAAAGGGAAAAUGAGCAAACCAGUCGCGAAGAAAGGGACACAGAAGCAGAUAAACGGCAAUAUAUCAAAUGAAGAAGAGGAUGGUGAUGAUGAGGAUGACGAGCUUCUUCACUUGGAAGAAUCAGACACUGAGGAGUCAUGUGACGAAGAUGUUGGACCAGUCCUACAGUUUGACUACGCGGCCCUGGCAGACAAGCUGUUUGAGUUAGCCAGUCGGAGCAGCACCCCCAGCCAGAACAGACAGAGACUCUACAAAAUCAUCAGAGUUCUGCGGGACCUCAACGAAGGCAUCUUUCCUCAGGAUGAGUAUCCAGAGGAGGUCUCCACGGAUGAGGAUGAUGAAAUGUUCGGAAGCAGGAAGAGGAUGAAGAGACGAGGACGUCGCAUGGAGGAGGAGGAUGAGGAUGAGGGCGUGCCAGCAGUGAAGAAAAGCAAAGGGAAGAAAAAGGAGGCAUCCACACUCAACAAGCAAAACGAGGAGCCGGUGAAAGAUGACAAGGAACCAGCUGACCUAACUGCAAAUAAUGAAACCAAAAAGAAGAGGAGGAAGAGGAAGAAGAAAAAGAAGGCAGUGCAGGGUGGAAGUGCAGGUGGUGAGGGAAAUGCAGAGAGGUCUGAACAGGCUCAAGCUCAAAUUAAAGAGACCAAAGGAGGGCGAGAGUGUUCACAAACGGAAGAUUUAGAAAAGGAAGCGCCGACAAAGCAAAGCUCCGUCUCGUCGGUAGAAGUGACAGAGGCUGCUACUCCCGAGGGCCAGAGGGAAACUCUGCUCGUCUCCGAAGUAAAGAAACAGCCUACAGUUACAGUCACAGAAGAAACUAGCCAACCCACUCCCUGCACGACUGACAACAAGGACCAAUUGGAACCGUUCUCAAAGAACAAGAAAAAGAGGGAGACUUCUGAGCUCAAACCUGCGGCAGCAGAAGAGCAGCAGCCCGCUGUCCCAACAGCGCCAGAGACAUCUUCUAAUGCGGACCCUACAGUCUCUGGGAAGAAGAAAAAGAAGGUGGGCCUGAAGGCUAAGUCCCAAACAGACGAGAUUGUGGCCAAAUUGCAGCUCGAUGCAGAAGCAGAGAUCAUACAAGUAAGUAGUAAGGAGUCAGCUGAAAAGAAUGCACUGGACAUCGAUGCUCCGACCCCCGCCAAGAAGAAAAAGAAGAACCUGAAGGCCGAGAAGAAUGUCGCGGAGGUUGAGGUUGAAGCACAAGUCAAUGGUGUCAGCACAGAUGUAGAUUUCCCAUCAAAACGUUGUGAGGAUCCAGAGGAAGAUGGCCCAAGCACCGGACUCGAGAAGCCAUCGGAUUCUACGGUCACAUGCAACAAGAAGAGUAAGAAAAAGAACCUCGAGGCUGAUGUAGCACCACAGGUUGAGGCCGGGGCCCAGUUCGAGGUAGAGGGAAAGCACACGGAUGCCGAAAUCACGUCAGUGCCACUUAAAAAGAAGACAAAGAAAAAAGGCAAGCAGUUGGAUGCAGGCCUUGAAGCUUUACCUGCUGCAGAUGAAAGCACUGUAACCCCACUGAAGAAGAAAAUGAAAAAGGAUCAAAAAGAAUCUGAGACUUCAGCCGCGGCGGUGGAUACUGAGGAACUGCCCUGUGAGGUCAGCAUGACAACGCCAGCAAAGAAGAAGAAGAAGAUGAUGAUGGCGGAAGCCCAAGUGGACGAGAAAGAUCACACCCAGUCGCCGGCGGUUGGCAGUGUUGAUGCAGAGCUCCCGUCGGAUGAAAUGGUCUCUUCCUCUGGGAAAGCGGUCAAGAAGAAGAAGAGGAAGAUCCCUGUGGUGUUUGAGUACGAGGCCGAUGAGCUGGAGGCGGCUGCCCAGGAGGCUACAGCCAUCAAAGGCCUCGCAGAAGAAGAAACUGUUGCCAAGAAGUUAAAACCAGGCAGGGAUGUUGGAGAGCCAGCCACACCUCUGCGCACUAAAAAGUCACAAAAGAAGCCGAAGACUACCUCCGCGUCUGACUUCAUCACCUUUCAGAGCAAUACUACAGUCCCGACACCACUCUUUUGCAAAACCAAGGGGACCCCCAGCACCCCGCUGUCCAGCAAGAAGAAGAGUCAAACUCCCAAAUCAGAAUCCAAGAAGGUGACCUUCGGUCUCAAGAAUAAUAAGACAGCUGAGUUUAGGAAGACCGAUCGCAGCCUUCUGCUGAGUCCAGACGGGUCAUCGCGAGUGCCCUUUGACCCUAAGCAGAAACCCAAGUUUGGGGUCUUAAAGUCUCCACCCACACCACUCUCUGCCAGAAAGACCCCCAAGGCCAACAGGAAGACCAGCUCCAAUACUCCAAAGAGCACACCUAAAGGACGCCCCACAGCAGCAGACUUCUUCUAACGUCCCCCGCUGACAGACUGUAGAUAACAGAUGUAAUGCUCUCUGUGAACUCGUCAAUAGACUCAUUUCAAUUACUCUUUUGGAGAGAUAUAUAUAGAAGUAUUUUUAUGUUUAUCUGAUCAGUGUUGCUUUUUGCCUCUUUGAGUGGCUCAACGUUUUAAUAAAGUUACUCCUUUUUCCAAUGUUA